AACGACUCCAGCAGGUAAAACACUGAGACGUAAAACACAGAAACAAAUAAAACGUGCUCGCGUGGAUCGAACUGUUUUGUUCCGAGUUAAUCCUGAUUCGAUUGAUUCCUGCUUAACUGCGCGCUAAUUAUGGAGAAGUAUGCUGUUCCGAAUAAACUUCCAUCGGUGGAGAUCAGUAUUUUGGCACAGCGCAAAGCUCGCAUCAAGAGGGAAGCUACCCAAUAUGUACGGAAGCCGCUGCCAGCAAAUAGAAAGACCAAGUUCUGCAAGCCGGAAUUUUUCAUCGCCGACUACCGCAAGGCCGAACGAGACGAGAAACGGAUAAAGCGAAAUUUUCUCAAGACGGGUGUCCAGUCCCAAAACCGGGAGAUCCAGCAUGGUCGAUUAAUUUUAGUGUUCCGCCAUCGGGGUAAAUUCAUUGCCAACAAGGAGGUAAUGCACAUUCUUAACAAGCUGGGACUGCCGUAUAAACGUCGAGCAGUUUUUCUGAAACUGACGGAGGAAGUGGACGCUAUGCUCAAAAUGGUGGAACCAUGGACUGUUUGGGGCUAUCCGAGCAUUGGCACUGUACGUGAAUUGGUGUACAAAUACGGUCUGUUUAAACCGCAGAAUGGCGAGAAAGGCCCGAAGAAAAUCCCCAUAACGUCCAAUAAGCAGGUGGAGGAAAAGUUUGGACAUUUGGGCAUUAUUUGUGUAGAGGAUUUGCUGCACGAAUUGCUAACAGUUGGUCCAAAUUUCAACAAGGUGACGAAAAUUCUGCACACCUUCGAGCUUCGAUCGCCGGUUGAUGGUUGGAAGGAUGCCCGGAAAGGAAAGCUUAGGGCCAUCGGAGGUGAGGCCGGCUUUCGAGGGGACGAAAUAAAUGAGUUUUUCAAGCGACUGUUGUGAUGAGACAUUCGCUCCUUUUGCAAAUAGAUGUGAACCUGUUUUUUAUUCUCAAUUGUAAUUGAUUAAAGUUAAGUUAAUUAUAGAUAUUAAAUGAA